CGCGUUUAGAGAUCGCCAUCAUAAAGUUGCAGCACAUUGCUAAAGGCAGACACGAGUGACAUGAGCUCUUAAGCGACACUAUUCAUGUGUUUAUAACAGUCCGUGACGCGUGUCUUGUGUUCGUGAGGCGAUUGCGAGCCGUUCGCGAGUCUGAGGCGGUGUGUGCGCGCGCGCUGAAGGGCUGAUGGCGUCUGGUGACGGAGGCGGGGUGGACUCUAAAGCGGAGCUCAGUGCUCUCCUGGAGCAGUGGGAGAGAGAACAGCAAGCGGGAUCCGGAGAACUGCUCAACAUACUGACCAAGAUCUCGGAUCUGGUGGAGCGGGAGACGGAGGAGUAUCACAAGGCGGAUCCGGACCCGUUCGACGACCGCCACCCAGGACGGGCAGAUCCAGAGUGCAUGCUGGGACACCUCCUGAAAAUCCUGUUCAAGAACGAUGACUUCAUGAAUGCGCUGGUGAACUCGUACGUGAUGAGCAGUCGAGAGGGGUCCCUGAACACCGCCGCCUGCAGACUCCUGCUGAACAUCAUGCCGGGCCUCGAGACCGCUGUGGUCUUCCAGGAGAAGGACGGUAUAGUGGAGCGCUUGUUUAAAUGGGCCCAGGAGGCGGAUCAGCCGCUCAGGAUCUACGCCACAGGCCUGCUAGCCGGAGCCAUGGAGAACCAGGACAUCGCCGCCAACUAUCGCGAGGAGAACUCUGUGCUGGUUCCUCUCAUGCUGCAGAGACUGAGGGAGCUUCAGGAUAAGGAGUCGGAGAGCCGGAGAGACGGCAAGCGUCCGAGCAAGAGUCUGGCUCCUCUGCUCCCGCUGGACGAGGAGACCGUGGACGGAGAGUUCGCUCCCAGCGUUCCCAGCGCUCUGCCGGAGAGCCCGGACGCCGAGCCCGUGUGUGCGCUGAGGAGCCUGGGCCGCUCCAACACGGGCAUGAAAGGCCUGAUGAAGCCGGCGUCUGCUGUGCCGCCGGAGGAGAGCGAGGCGCCGCUGGAGGGCUUGAGGAGCUGGAGGAAGAGGGAGAACGGAGGGAAGGUGAAGCAGAAGCUGAACUUCUCCAUGCCGGAGCCGGAGCGCAGCUUCAGUGAGCUGUCCAACAGCAGCUGGUCUGAGAUGAGCCCGUGGGUCAUCGGGAAUAACUAUCACCUGUUCCCGCUCACGCCGGGGAUCGAGCAGCGGCUGAUCCUGCAGUACCUCACCCCGCUGGGGGAGUACCAGGAGCUGUUGGCUGUGUUCAUGCAGCUCGGCGCCCGAGAGCUGCUGAUGCACUACAUGGACCUGAAGCAGACCAACGACGUCCAGCUCACGUUCGAAGCGCUGAAGUAUCUUGCAUCUCUGCUCCUCCAUAAGAAGUUUGCUGCCGAGUUCGUUGCGCACGGAGGAGUGCCGAAGCUGCUGGAGAUCCCCCGGCCCUCGAUGGCUGCCACCGGCGUGUCUCUGUGCCUCUACUACCUCGCGUACAACCAGGACGCCAUGGAGCGGGUGUGUAUGCUGCCGCACUCGCUGCUGGCGGAGGUGGUGAGCUACACGCUGUGGCUGCUCGAGUGCUCCCACGCCUCCGGCUGCUGCCACGCCACCAUGUUCUUCUCCAUCUGCUUCUCCUUCAGAGCCGUGCUCGACCUCUUCGACAAGCAGGACGGCCUGCGCCGGCUCGUCAACCUGAUCAGCACGCUGGAGAUCCUGAACCCCGAGGACCAGGGCGCGCUGCUGAGCGACGACGAGAUCUUCUCCAGCCGGCAGACGGCCAAGCACACCUGCAUGGCCCUGCGCAGGUACUUCGAGGCGCACCUGAGCAUCAAGGUGGAGCAGGUCAAGCAGUCGCUGCAGAGGACCGAGGGGGGCGCGCUCAUACACCCACAGCCCUACUACAAGGCGUGCUCCUACACACAUGAGCAGGUGGUGGAGAUGGUGGAGUUCCUGAUCGAGUUCGGGCCGGCGCGCCUGUACUGGGAGCCCGCCGAGGUCUUCCACAUCCUGUCCUGCGUUCAGCUCCUGCUGCAGCUCAUCUCCAUCGCCUGCGACUGGAGGACCUACUACGGCAGUAAACUUUCUGAUGGCAGUCAUCUUGGACUUUCUAUCGGUGUGAAUGGAGCAUCAUCCAAAAAGCAAAGGGCUGACACUGUGCGGUACGCGCUGGACAUCCUGAGCAUUCUGACGGUCAUCCCCAAGACUCAGGUUCUGCUGUCGGAGAACGUGGCGGUGCUGGACGAGAGCGGCUCCUCCAUCUCCACUGUCGGGAUGAGCAUCGUGCUGGUCGUCGCCGAGGGGGAAGUAUUCGUAAACGACGCCGAGAUCCAGAAGUCGGCCCUGCAGGUGAUCAUAAACUGCGUCUGCGCUCCGGACAAGCGCGUCUCCAGCAUCGGCAAGUUCAUCUCGGGAACGCCACGCCGGCGUCUGCCGCAGAGCCACCGCGCGAGCGAGAGCGUGCUAGCCAAGAUGUGGAACGUGGUUCAGUCCAACAACGGGAUCAAAGUCCUGCUGUCCCUGCUGACCAUCAAGAUGCCCAUCACUGAUGCUGACCAGAUCCGCGCGCUAGCGUGCAAAGCCUUGGUUGGAUUAGCACGUAGCGCCGCGGUACGGCAAAUCAUUAGCAAGCUUCCGCUAUUCAGCAGCGGUCAGAUCCAGCAGCUCAUGAAGGAGCCGGUGCUUCAGGACAAGCGUAGCGAACACGUGCGCUUCUGCAAGUUUGCAGCAGAGCUAAUCGAGCGAGUGUCCGGGAAGCCUUUGUUGAUCGGCACUGACGUGUCGUUAGCGCGGCUGCAGAGAGCUAAUGUCGUGGCGCAGUCGCGCAUCUCGUUUCCAGAGAAGGAACUACUUCUGCUAAUUCGGAAUCAUCUUUUAUCUAAAGGUCUUUCGGACACGGCUACGGCUUUAACGAAGGAAGCUGAGCUUCCCAUGGGGCUACAUGCGCUAACACAUGCUAGCGUGCCGCCGUUCACUCCCGUUUCUGUGGCCACACCUCCUUCUCCUGCCGCCGGCAUCCCUCGGACUCCUCGGCUCACUAACGGAGUUGCGGCUCGUUUGGGUGGCCACACCCCUCAUCACCUGCAGCCCCGCCCCUCGACCUCACAGGCUCCGCCCCCACCGUCGCCUGCCGUUUCUCACCACAGCAACGGCUCUCCGCUAAUCGGGCGAAUCGUGUUCUCGCGGGAGCGCCCGUCACCGUGUCCCGCCGCUGGAGGGAAGAGGCCGAAAGUGCUGAGGCAGAAAUCAGAUCAUGGCGCUUUUAUUCAGAGUCCGGCUAUGAAGAAGCAGCUGGACCGACAUCUGCCCUCUCCACCUUCUCUAGACAGUAUAAUAACGGAGUAUUUGCGCGAGCAGCACGCGCGCUGCAAGAACCCGGUGACGACGUGUCCUCCCUUCAGCCUGUUCACGCCUCAUCAGUGUCCCGAGCCCAAGCAGAGACGCCAGGCGCCCACCAACUUCACCCCGCGACACACUCGCCGGGUCGUGUACCCCAAAUACGGCGGAGUGGACGGAGGCUGCUUCGACAGGCAUCUCAUCUUCAGCAGGUUUCGGCCGAUCUCGGUGUUCAGGGAGGCUGAGGAGGAUGAGAGUGGCUUCAUGUGUUGUGCGUUCUCGGCGCGAGAGCGGUUCCUGAUGUUGGGCACGUGCACCGGCCAGCUCAAACUCUACAACGUGUUCAGUGGACAAGAGGAGGCCAGUUACAGCUGCCACAGCUCAGCCAUCACACACCUCGAGCCCUCCAGAGACGGCUCGCUGCUGUUGACGUCAGCAUCUUGGAGUUACCCGUUAUCAGCGCUGUGGGGGAUGAAGUCUGUGUUCAUCAUGAAGCAUUCAUUCCUGGAUGAUCAUUAUGUGGAGUUCAGCAAACUCUCUCAGGACAGAGUCAUAGGAACCAAAGAGCACAUCGCACAUAUAUAUGACAUCCAGACAGGACAGAAGAUCCUGACCCUCAAUAACCCCGACCUGGCCAACAACUACAAGCGCAACUGUGCCACGUUUAACCCCACAGACGACCUGGUCCUGAACGACGGGGUCAUGUGGGACGUGCGCACAUCGCAGGCCAUACACAAGUUCGACAAGUUCAACAUGAACAUCAGUGGCGUUUUCCAUCCCAAUGGGUUAGAGGUCAUCAUCAACACGGAGAUCUGGGAUUUGAGGACGUUUCAUCUCCUCCACACCGUACCAGCGCUGGAUCAGUGCAGGAUCGUGUUCAACAACAACGGAACCGUCAUUUAUGGAGCCAUGUUGCAGGCUGACGAUGAGGAUGACAUGAUGGAGCAGCAGAUGAAGAGCCCCUUCGGAUCCUCCUUCAGGACCUUCGAUGCCACCGACUACAAACCCAUCGCCACCAUUGAUGUGAAGAGGAAUAUUUUCGACCUGUGCACAGACACCAAAGACUGCUAUCUGGCCGUCAUCGAGAAUCAGGACUCGAUAAACAUGGACACUGUGUGUCGUCUGUAUGAGGUGGGCCGCCAGAGACUCGCUGAGGAGGAGGAGGAUGAGGAAGAGCAGGAGGAGGACGACCAGGACGAAGACGACGACGACGACUCUGAUGAUGACAUCGAUGACAUCGACACCGACCCGCUGCUGGCCGAGCUGAACGAGAACAACGGCGAGGAGGAUGGAGAGCACGACUUCUCCCCGUCCGAUGAUGAGGAGGUGGCGCGCCUCCUGGAUGAAGAGGCUGACGAGGACGACGAUGACGACGACGACGACGACGACGAUGAUGAUGAAGACGACGAUGAUGAUGAUUCUGAUGAUAAUGAGCGAGAUGUGGAGCUUGUGCUGGACAACACGGACAGCUCUGAUAACUCGGACCUGGAGGACGACAUCAUCCUCGCCCUGAACGAGUGACGCCACAGGAAGUGACAUCAGACGAGCUCGCCCCGUCCUGCACCUCAGAGAAGAUCUGGCAGGAACACGUCAGCCCCGGCUCUCUUGUGCUCGUGCGGAACCGCCGUCAUUGGUCGGAUGUGUGUUUGGUGAUGCGUUUCCUG